AUGCAUGCUCCUCGGGAUGCUCAUUGGGCCGCGGUGAAGCGGAUUCUGCGCUACGUCUGUGGUACCCUGGGCUACGGCUUGUCGUUGCAUGCUUCACCCACGACGUCCACCGACCUCGUCGCCUACUCGGACGCGGACUGGGUGGGAUGCCCGGAUACGCGUUGCUCCACCAGCGGCUACUGCGUCUACCUCGACUCGUCGCUCGUCUCUUGGUCCUCCAAGAGGCAGCCCACCGUGUCUCGCUCCAGUGCUGAGGCUGAGUACCGCGCCGUGGCUAACGCUGUGGCUAAGUGCACAUGGCUUCGACAGCUUCUGUCCGAGCUCUCUCUUCCCGUUGACAAGGCUACGGUGGUCUUCUGCAACAACGUGUCGGCUGUCUACCUCUCCGCCAACCCCGCGGGAUACUAG